UCGAUAUUUUACAUCCUCAUCCCUAGGUUUAGCGCGAAAAAUAAAAUAAAUAAUAUAAAUUUUUGAACCGCUUGAAAGCAAACCAUUUACAUUAAUCUUGAGGCCGCAAAUAAAAUUAGCAAAACGAAAAGUUGCAAGACUCUUUGUUCUUCAUAAAACUAUCUCUUAGGCCUAACUUGCUAAUGGCGGCGAACAAUAGCAUUGAUGUUCUUCCUAAUUCACACUACUGCAAAAGGAAAGUGUCAGAAACUGCUUGGAUUCUUCGCCCCUCUCCCACCAAAUACCGACACAGGUGCACUGCACUUUAACUCUCUUCCCCUCGCUCGCUCUCAUGUACCAUUCAGUGGCCAAUCGCUCAAACGUCCGCGCGGGAGCGGUAGAGACAAGCAUUGCAUUGCGACUUCCCGUUGCAGCGUGUUUUGGAAACGCUUUGAGAUCAGCGCCGCGAUCAUGCGGCCGAUGGUUAUCUUGGUGAUCUUGUACGAUAUUUAGUGCAUUAAUUGCUUUGGUUUUGGCCAGGUAAGCACUUGAAAUGUAGCUCACGAUCACAUGUUUACUACGAGUACGGCCGCAAAUGGAAUCGAACCGAACCUAAGCGAACGCUUGCAAACAUUUGCCACUUUUGUCGGUGUGAAUUAAAUUGAGUAAUUAGGCGGUGUCAUAGAUAGGAGCUGCGACAACAAAGAGCGUACCGUGGAAACUUGUUGGAGAUACCAAAGAAAAAAGAAAAACUGCUUGUCUACAAAGUACUCGUAUCUUUGGCCUGGCAAUUAUUUACCUUACCUUGCCCAGUGCAUUUAUAGAUUGUUUUUAUUGCAUUUCGAUUAGCUUCGAAUGAGUUUUGGACAUUCUCGUCGCAGCUAAUUAAAAAUACAAGGCGUGGAAUUUGCACAGGCCCCGAAUUCGGACCGGCCGGACAGCUCUUGGCCAGCAGGCAUUAAUCCACUUAACAAGUUAAUUUCUAGGCAACCCUAAUGCGUCGUUUACCGUCCCCUCCCUUUCCUACCCCCAACAACUAUCCACACCACACCACUAUGGCCGCCAUGGCAACCCAACCUUUAAAGCUGUCAGUCAAAACAAAUCGAAAAGCCUUUUUUUGUGUAGAAUAAAACCCAAAAUGUACGAGGCCGGCGCGGAGCGGAUCAAUUGCAACGGCAGAAUCAUCGAGUUGCCCAGCCUGGAGGUGGUGCGUCCAGCUCCCAAAAUGCCAAGCGAUGCCAACAUUGAUUGGCUGCUCCACAUUUACUUUACGCGGCGCGAGUUCAGCCGCUGCCGCCGUCUCAUCGGACGUGAGCUGAAUCGUCACCUGAAUGCCGAGUAUCUGUACUUUGUCCUGGGCCUAAUUGACCGCGAAGAGGGCAACCACAUCGAGGCGCUGCGACACCUGCAAAGGUCCGUGGAGCUCAAUCCGAAGAACAUCGAGACGUACAAGGAAAUCGGACGAACUCUCUACGUGAUGGGUCGCUUUAGUCAGGCGCUGGACGUGUUCCGCGAGGCCGAGCAGAGCAGUCCUCGAAAGGAUCACGAGAUCUAUCACUAUCUGGGCGAGCUGCUGUACCGGUCGGCGACCACUCAGAGCCAGCUGGAGAUGGCCAAGAAGCAGCAGGACGAGGCACGCGCAUAUUUCGAGCUGGCCGUGCAGACGGGCAAGAAGAUGGAGAGCCACGUCCGGCUGGCAGAGCUUUAUCGCAAGGACAAGCAGUACCAGCAGGCCAUCGAUGUCCUCGAGAACUGUUUGCAUUUGACGCCGGAGAAUGCGGAGGUGCUGAUUGAAAUCAGCGUUUUGUACUUGAAAAUCAAUGAGACCCAAAAGGCCUACGAUCGCUUGGCGGAAGUCGUCAUCGAACGGAAAUGCUCCCCAAAGGGCCUAUUGGCCUUCGGCGCCAUUCUGCAGUCCCGCAACGAUGUGGAUGGCGCCCUGAGCAAGUACAGCCAAAUCGCAAACGCCGAGCCGGAAAUCGCCGAGCUGUGGAACAACAUUGGUCUGUGCUUCUUCAAGAAGCAAAAAUUCAUUGCGGCCGUUUCAUCGCUGCGAAAAUCAGUUUGGCUUUCGCCGCUCAAUUACAAUGCUCUCUACAACUUGAGCCUCAUCUACAUUGCCUCUGAACAAUACGCCAGUGCUUUUCACACGCUGGCCGCAGCCAUAAACCUGCGCAAGGACAAUGCCGAGUGCUACAUGCUCCUAGGCCUCUGUCUGCGCAAGCUGGACGACGUGGACAACGCGUUCGUGGCUCUCGAGCGGUCCAGUAGCAUGGCCAGUGGCCAGCAGGGCGCCGGACGUAAUCCUUUGGUGUUCCUGAACUUUGCUCUCUUCUGUUACGAGACGGGUCGCCUCGCUUUGGCCACGGAGCAGUACAAUCGAUUCAUGAGCCAGGCCCAGGACCUGAUGCUGCCCACGGAAUACAAGUUCCAGGCAACGAAACUUAAGUCUCUGCUUCGUAUCUCGAAUCAAGGAAAUGGAAUGCCGCUGGAGGCCGCUGAGUCGGAUGAGGCGGCAUUGGCAACGGCGCCAGAGCUGCGGCCUGAUGAGCUGCCACUGGAGGUGAAUGCCGUUGUAAGCCAGAACUAAAGCGAAAAUCUCUUCAUUGGAAGAACUCUACAUGUAUGCGCAUAAUAUGAUGU